AGAUUUCUACUCCUUCUACCUCCUUUACCUUCUCCCGCAACUGGCGCAGCAUUGAAAGCAGCUUAUGGCGAGACCCUUGGCCAAGUCUUGAAGGAAGUGGCCACCCAUUCAUCCGACCAUCCCAAAGCUGCCGUUUUGGAAGUGGCGCUUGCGUGCUCGCACCUUGCAGCCAAAAGACAUGCGACCAGAUCAAGCAUAUACGACGAGACUCAGGCAUUUGUGGCAGGGCUUUACAAGCUCAUCACCAUUGCAGCCGCUCAGGAAGGCGUCAACACCGAAGAUGAUGACGGCGUGGACGCUCGAGUACUUCUGAUAGCAUGGUCGCCCGAAGCGCAACAAACGGCAACGCAGCCAUCGCCUUAUGGACCUGUGAUUGAUCUUGGCACAUUGGCUCGAUCAGGCAGACAGUGGCAAUUCGCGUUCGGCGUUGAGUCGGAGUCUGGAGAGGCAAUGGUUCGGGCGUUCGUUACUGAGAAAGGUCAAUCUGCAGAGGUCAGUCGUGUUCAGGGCGGCCCAGUGAUGAGCAUUCCACAGUCAGCGCGUGACGAGAGCAUUCAUUCAUCUGCACCCGAAAAUCCAAAAUACCAGAAACACUUUGACGUUAUCAACGGCGGUACGUGGGAUCACCUGCAUGUCGGGCACAAGCUCCUCAUAACAAUGACAAUAUUUGCGGUGGAUGAAGAAGAGGCUCCGAAAGAGAGAAGUGCAACGAUCGGCAUCACCGGCGAUGCAUUGCUGGUCAACAAAAAGCAUGCGAACCUUGUACAGAGCUGGGUUGAUCGACAGAAGGCGGUAGCGACUUUUUUCAACGCAAUCAUCGAUUUCUCAACGGAAGCUUCUCGUGGUCAAAGACAUGCAAGCAUCAGAGAUGACCCCGGCCCCAAUGGAAAGUCGAUUGAUAUAUCCUAUCCACACGGCCUUGUCGUCAAAUGCACAGAGAUACAAGAUCCAUAUGGACCCACGAUUACCGAGGAGAAUCUUUCCGCACUUGUUCUCAGUGCAGAGACGAGAUCUGGUGGCAAGGCCGUGAACGACAAGCGGAAGGCGCUUGGCUGGCACGUGCUGGAUGUGUUCGAGGUAGAUGUUCUUGACGUCGGCGAAGAGUCGGGUGUCAAAGAAGGAUUUGAGGAUAAGAUCAGCAGUACAGCGAUUCGAGAAAAGCUGGCUAGGAAG